UGAGCAACACGGACCGGGUUCAGUGACACACACCGGACCGGACGUGGACAGGACGCACGUGAAGAUGGGCAAACCGAGAAAACAUGGACAGUUUAAAGACGGAAAUAAACAUAAACAUAAACCCGGGUUUAAAAACAGACAGAAUAAACGCCUGGUCAUGUUCGAUGAUAAAGACAGACAUGAGUUCCUCACCGGUUUCCACAAGAGGAAGGUGGAGAGGCGUAAAGCAGCGGUGGAGGAGAUAAAGAACAAACUGAAAGAGGAGCAGAAACGAGUCAGAGAGGAGAGACAUAAAGAAUACCUGAAGAUGCUGAAAGAGAGGAAAGAGGCACUCGAAGAUGCAGAUGAACUUGAUGAUGUCAUCACCUCAACCACGGAGUCUGUGCAGUAUGACCAUCCCAACCACACUGUUACCGUGACAACCAUCAGUGACCUCGACCUGUCUGGUGCUCAACUGCUGGAGGCUCUGACCAAUCAUAAGGCAGCAGGAGGUGAUGGUGGUGGUGAUGAGAGAGGUGAUGAAGAGGAGAGAGUAGAAGCUUUACCCAGGAAAGCUGGAAAUCCUCUGCUGUCCAAAAAGAUCCAGUCUCUCUCAGCAUCGCUCAACUCCUUCACCAAACAGAAGAAGAACAGAAAAGGUAAACAGGACAGCCGGGGGCGGAGUCAGCAGGGGGACAGGAAGUCGUCGGUUGCCGUGGGCAACAAGCACCGCCUUGGCAAAACAACAAAGAAGCAGAGGCGCAAGAGAACAGGCAGGAAGGAGCGGAGUCAGGACUGAGGAGCUGCUGAUCAACACCACCACCACCACCACACUGAAAACACAAACAAACGUGUUACACUGUUUAUAGAAACUUUGUGGAGUGGUUUCUCCAUCCUGGAAUCCAUGACAUCUCCUCAGAAGCUCUGUGUGCUUCCAGAACCCUGCAUGCUCUUCUGGGGUUCCUCCUGUGGGUUUGGAACCCGGUCACUCCUGACGUCUGUCCUGUUCUGCUCCAGUACAGACACCGCCAUGGGGCGUGGACAGUUGUCAUGGUAACUAGAGAAGCACCAUAUGCAACACUGAGAGCUGAGAGCAGACUGAACUGUUAUUCUUUUGGUGUUGGGAUGAUGACAUCAUCUUAGUGCUGAACUUCACAAUAUUACAGAACCAUGUUAGAAGGAAACACACACACACACACACAGCCUUAAUCACCUGGAUCAGGUGUGCUGCAUCUCGUUCCAUCAAAUACAGCAGCUUUCUUUGUACACUGUGUUCUGAUUGGCUGAGAGCUGUGUGUGUGUGUGUGUGUGUGUGUUAGAAGUGUACAGUUGAAACACACACUGCCACAGAUAUGUAAUUUUGAGUAAAUUUACAUGUUGAUCUCAGACAUAAAAAUGCCAUAUCUUAACUACAAGAUGAAGAUGAUCAAGACGAAUGCUGUGUGUGAGAGAUUCAGUGCCACAUGUUUCUAAAUGUUUUCUAUUAUAUUGUUAAUAAAAGUCAUGUUUCCAGGC